CUGUACAUUCAGCCAAUGAGCAGGUGUGAGUCAGAGUGAUCCAUUCCACCUGAUUGAGAUUGUCUGGAGGAUAACAGGCUGGCCCUGAAACAUACUUCCCUACAGACAGUCAGGAGGAGUCUGAGCUGCAAACACGCACUUUGUGGAAGAGGAGCAUCAUCUCAACUGCCGCACUGGUUCCUCUCCGUUGAAAACAGCCACUCAACAGAAUAAGAAUAAUGUUGGUCCUGCAGAAACUCCCCCUCACAGUGGCCCUCUGCCUGCUGCUGCUUGCCACACUGUUACCCAGCUCUGAGGCCCGGCGUGGUCGUGGAGGUGGUGGCUUUAGCCGAGGUGGAGGAGGUUACAGCCGGGGCUGGGGUGGAGGUGGCGGACAGGCCUACAGACCAGCACCUGUCCAGGGCAGUGGUCCCAGUGCAGGGAAAGUAGCAGGGGCAGCUGCAGCAGGCGCCAUAGGAGGAGCAAUGAUCGGGUCUGCUUUGAGCCGCCCUGGGUAUGGGCAUGGGUAUGGUGGAGGUUAUGGGGGUUAUGGUGGUGGAUUCGGUGGAUAUGGAGGAUAUGGAGGGGGCUAUGGCUACCCACGAUAUGGUGGUGGCGGUGGCUAUGGCCCCAGGCCUGGCUAUGAGCCCGAGGGCUCUGGAGAUAUGGAGUACUACACUGGCGCAUCCAGUGGCCCCAUCUACAACAGUAUCAUUGUUGUUAUCGGCUCCCUGAUGUCUCUGCUGAUGGGCCACUGGAUGGCAGUCAUGUAGAGCUGGAGACAGAGCUGAGAUUCCAAAAGAAGACGCAGAACCAAACCAUGACCAAAAAUAACCCACGACCUGACUGUACACAGGACCAUUUUUGAUUUAAAGUCAAAUGUGACCUAAAAUAUGACCCUGGAGAGAUGACAAGCUGUGGCCAAUUUGAGACUUCAGUGACACUCCAUGAGGACAGGAAGAGGAAUUUGACCCAUUUAACAUCUACAACAUGUCAGUGUGACACCGUGCUUCAGUCUGCAGGUGUACUGAUGAACAAAGACAACACACCUCCUGUUGAUAUUUGUCAAUGAAUAACUAUCUCAAUUGUAUCCUACACUCCUGUUUUUCCUUUUAAUGUGUCCAGUCUUUUUAUACUUUUGAUGGUUGUAGUGGAGAUGAUCAUACUAAUGACGGUGAUGAUUCAUUGUUUUUUCUCCAUAAACAAUCUAUGAAGACAGCAGGAUAAAAAGAAUAGAUGUGUAAUCAGGUUAAGUCUACCUCAAGAAAUAAUUUCCAGACCGGAGUUUAAGAGCAGCUAUACUCUAAAUAUGAUAAUGCCAUUUCUCAGUAUAUUUCAUCAUUACAUAAUCAUUUCCCUUCUGAUUCACAUUGUCUACUCUGCAUAUGUUACAUUUUCAAUGUAUACUUGUAUAUCUGUACAGUACCUAAUUAAAGUACAUGUUUAUGCCA